AUGUCGUCGACGCGUUAUUCGCAGCAACCGCUAAAUAUCUACCAAGAUCCGGCCCCCUCCAUCGACCGCGCCCCUAUGCCCUCUGAACCAAAUUUCAACAACACCAAGAAGCCGUCGCCUUUUCGACCGAUCAAAAAUUCUGCAUCGAGGAGGAAUAACAUUUUCAAUCCGCCCCAUGCUGGUCGUAGCAAGCAGUCCCCUCUGAAGUUGGCCCACCAGACAUCCAGCUCUCCCUCAAGAGCCCCCUUUGGUAAUGAGCUGAACUCGGUAUCAAUGCCACCCCCUGGAGGAGCAAAGCUCGAUACGGAUUCGAUGGAGAAAAAGCAACCGGUCGUCUCGAACUUCAGGCAGAGAAGCAUGUUCUUCAAUUUCUCGAACAACGCCUCGGUGGACCAGGAGAACUAUCCGCAGAACCCGUUCCACCCAACAGCACCCUCUUACGACGAUAUGUCUCGAUCGAACUUUUCGCUGGCAGGCGGUUUGUAUGGCGAACGACCGGUAAAGCGCAAACUGUUGGACUCAGCCCCGAUCCACGAAUCUAGACCAUUCAAACAUGUCAAGAGUGAACAGAGCCAGAGCCAGGAGUCGGAGGAAUCUUUGGAACCCGAGGAGCUCCCGGCCCCGGACUCUUUUCCUCCCUUGCACGACGACGGGAACAAGCCGCAUCACAGCUACGCUCAGUUGAUUGGCAUGUCUAUCCUCAGAGCAACAAACCGACGACUUACCCUGGCCCAGAUCUACAAGUGGAUUUCCGAUACAUAUUCCUUCUACAAUGCUCAAGAGACCGGAUGGCAAAACAGCAUUCGUCAUAACCUGAGUCUUAACAAGGCGUUCAUCAAGCAGGAGAGGCCUAAGGACGAUCCAGGAAAGGGAAACUAUUGGGCGAUUGAGCCCGGAAUGGAACACCUAUUCAUCAAGGAGAGGAUACCCAAGAAACCUGCUGGACCCAACGAGAAUGUCCCCGUGCUCUCGACCAACUUGAGUCCAGCCAACCUCCCCGAGACUGCUCUGUUCAAAGCUCCUCCGCCACCCGCGCGAACACCUGAACUUCCUCCCUCUCAAUCAAAAUGCCAAAUUUCUGAAAAUCUACCUACCAUCCAGGAGCUCUCCUCCGAUGCUACCAUUCCCUGUUCCGACGCCUGCAAUACGGAGCCAGAGAACAAUGUCGAGACUGAGGUCCCAUCUUCGCCUCUCAUCCAAUCUUCGCCGCCGAUGGCUGCAAUGCAUUCAUCCCCUCCCGUUGCUCGACAAACUCAAAAACGCAAUGAUACCCCACCACCAGUCCCUCGCUUUUCAUCAUCCUCCGAGACUCACUCGCACAAACGCAAGCACGCGUCAAUGGACGACAGUGGAUACUUCUCGUCUCUUGAAUCAUCAGCCCUUCGUGGCCCUCGCCGAUUGCUUACCUCAGAAGCAGACCGCCCAAUUAUCAAGCGCGGUCGUGCGGAAGAGGAGAUUGCUCGUCUCCGUGGCUCUUCGUGUGAUGUCCCUACCAAGGGUCGUGCACUCUUCGCUCCUGCAUCAUCAUCGCCUAUGCGCCUGAGUGCUGCCAAGAAUGAACUCUCUCAGAUGCUACCACCUCUUACGCCUGCUGUGAAGCUGAAGGCUCCCGUGCGACCUCCUCCAUCUGCCUCGCCAAACACCAAUCUCCGCCUUCACCGAGACAAGGUUCGUGAGAUGGUUGGCUCGCCCCUCCGUGGAAUGACGGUUCUCGAUGAGAACCACGCUCCUUGGAGUCCUGCCUUCAACCUCAACGACUCGAGCUGCAUGUACCAGGACUUUAGUACCAAUUUUGAUAUCUUCACUGAUGAUUCACCGGACGUGUUCGGCCUCGGUAAUGGCUCCCCCGAAAAGAGAUCAGCCAAGCGACCUCGCUUAGACCGAUCGAGAUCUGCAAACAUUCUAGCAGAUAUCUCAAACUUCAGCCCUAACAAGAGACUCGCCUCCACUCCGCUCCGCAAGUUCACGCCCAGCUUGAACAACUUCGGCUCGCCUCUGAAGGGCAGUGGACUCUUGGAAUCUCCAAGCAGAAUGAUGUCACCAAGCAAGCUCCUGGGGCUCGAUUCUCCCAACAAGAUUGCACGCCCCAACUUCAAUCUCGCCACCUUUGACCUCCCCCAGGACGACUUUUUCAGCUCCGAAUUCCUCUCCGAAGAGCUGAACCAGGGAUGGGAUAUCAUGCAAGGCUUUCAGAAGAUCGGCUCGGGUGGUGAUAAUUCAGUCCCAUUAGGCAAGCGAUCGCCGAAAGCUCGACCAGGCUUAGGACGGAACUUCACGUCUCGCUUCUAG